CCAGAUAUGGCAUUAAAUCACCUCAAAAUUGGCAGUCCCAAUGAAAGAUGGGUGUGCACCAAUGGGUCAUGACUAAAAGGCUCAGGGGUCACUCCAGUUGAACUGGGCUGACUGGGCUGAGCAAAAUAACUACACAAGAGACACAAAUACCUUUUUGUUUGGGGUCGCAGUGACGGCUCCUCUGACCUUGAGGGUCCGCAGGAAGAGAGAGAGCGAGAGCACACGCUGACCCCUUUUAUUGAGGAGAAGCUAUUCAAAUGAGGCAAGGGGUCAGGAUCAGGGGGCUGAGUCUAUCUUCAUGAUGUCCCCUGUCCUCAGGUUGACUGACACCUGGGUAGGCGACACCCAAGGGCACAGUAAGAGGAGGGGACCCACACAAGGCACUUCCAUGGAAGAUUCUAUCCUAAACAGGGCAAGGGGUUAUAUUACAAAGGAACAGGUGAGCAUAACUUUACCCAUGGGACUGUAGCAAGACACACCCAUGCACGAGACACGGACCCUCGAACCCAAGAAGGGUGGGGAAAGCUCUACCACAUUUCUGUGACUGAGUGCCUCAGCACCCAGCCGGGGAUUGUGGCUCAGUCACAUGUAAGGCUGGUCUCCCACAUAUACACUGAGUUUCUUUUGUUCUUUGCUAUAUCUCCCUCUACCCCCCACACACAAAAAAAUCCACUCUUGAUUGUGCAAGUGGGCAGGCAGCUGACACAAACCACACACACGCACGCGUGCGCACACACACACACACACACACUUGCACCCCAAAACCCCAGGCUCCCUGGACAUGUCACGACUAUUACACAGUGCAUGGAACCAUGCCUGGUUCAUAGUAGGUGCUAGUAAACAUUUCUGGAAUGGACCCAUGAAUGUAAAUAAGUUUUUCCAUUUUAAUGAAUCAAAUGGGUAAAAGGCACAAACUUAAUUUGUCCCUGUAAAAUGCUUUCCAGUCUCUGUUCUGGACAUAUUCCAGAAGUGAUAUCGAAGUAGCAUUUUCCAUUCCCAUAAUCCACAGCCCAGAAGGAAGGUGUUGUCAGUCUGUGUCCCGUGAUGCUUUGAAUCUGAAGUGUAGCUAGGGCCUGGCACAGCUCUGAGAAAGCUCUUUAUGAGGUCAUCAUGUCACCCUUGCCAGAUCUCCCCAGAGAGAGACACAUCAAGCCCUUGAGGCCUCACAAUGCCUCGCCUUGCCAACUCUCUUCUAAAAAGCGUCAUUAGCAGAGGUCAGUUUGAUGGCGUCAGGAGGAAGCAAUGCCUCCAGUAUCUGAAAGGCCUGAGAGCGCUGCAGCACGAUGGGUUUCAGACCGUGUAUUUUGGGGAAACUGAUAUCCCAGAAAGUCUCGUGACCGGGGAAGAACUUGGUAAUGGAUAUUUCGUGCAAACUCCAACUUGGUGUAUCGUGCACGCAGGAGGCAGUCAAGGAUGGGUGCCGUGGAAAUACCGGACGUUCCUAAGAGAUGAGCUGUGCACCAAGCAGGAAGACCACCUCUUCUUCGAGUUCUGUGAUGUGGUGAAGAAGAACUGUGGGAAAUGUGCCAUCGUGGUCAAAGGGAGGAGGCAGCAGGAUGAGACGAGGCCCCAGGAACACAGAGAGGCCGAGGUCCAGGCCAACCUCCCAACAGUCAUUAACUUAACAAGCAUAGUGUGCUGCCCAGAGGUGGCCAAGUCCUACGGCCAUAAACUGCUCUGUCUGCCCUCCCAUUGCAACUACCUGAACCCUUUAGACUCAGCCUGGUGUUCUCUGAAGUGGUUUAUCAUCAAUAACAGGAGGGAGUUCUGUCUGCAGUCCAUCGACAGCGUCUACUCCUACCAGUACAUACUUCUAAGUGAUUUAAUCAGCAAAGGGAUUGAAAGGAUAAACCUAAGCAAGUGGAAAACACUAACCAACAAAGUUCGCAGGUGGGAAAAUUACUAUCUUGGGAAAUUUUCUUAAGGGCAAUUCCUCCAACACGAUGUGAGGCCCCGCUACACUUAUGGUCUUUACCUCCAAUGCUGUCAAGCUUGAUUCUGGACUAUUGCCCCAAAGACAUUUCAACAGCGACCGCACAGGGCCUGGGGAGGCCAGAGAAGUUCCCAAGGAUGUCAGAAGGUCCUGAGUUUACUGGAGGCUUCAUUAAAGCUUGUUAGUAAUUUAGGCGUCUCCACUCUCAUCUUGUUAUGGUGAUUUUGAGGGUUGGGUCAAUGGGAGGAUUAGGGCCAACCACCCUACAAGGGUGGGCAGAGCUAAAGCGUGUGUGGUCACAUGUAGGCCUUAGAAAAAACAGAGAACCAAGUGAGUCUGCAGUUACAAAGAAGUCAAAGUAAGUAGUACAGCGACCAGUUUCAGGCCACCAAAACAAUGUCCAGGGAGCCCCUUGUCAUCUGCAAGAGACAUUGUCCAAAUGGUGGCCAAGCAGGAUGCUGUCUUUCCUAUUAUCCCUCUGUCCUCAUCAGCAAGGAGGUGGAGGGUGAGUGGGAGGCGUUGGAGGAUAUGGAACCCCAUCCAGACCCUCUGAGGCAAGUUGGUGGCCCCUACAAGGGGCUUGGGAAGAGAUGGCAGGGAUGAGUCAGGUGGGACUUGGGUGAAUAAGUGCCAUAAAUGAGGUCUGUGGAACCCAUUUGUCCAACCAACCCUCCAUCCAACUCCAAGAACCCCAGCAGGGAGUCACUAGAGUUUGCCAUGGAACUCCAUCAGGACCCUGUAGCUGAGACACCUGAUUGGUAUAACAACCCCACAUCCAAGUUUGGGGCCACCCCUAAUGUAGGUUGUAAGGAUUUGUGGUUGUAUUUUUAUAGUUACAGAAAAAAAUUCCUGACCCCCAUUAAACGCAUCAUAAAAUUCACGCCUGUUUACGUGUGUGCAAGCAGUAAUUUUACGAUAGAAGCAAUCACCCUGAGGUGUGUGAAAAGUAACUCACGUGGGAUAAUAAGAAAGUACAUGGGAAUUUUGUGCUUUUUGCUCAGUGUUGCUGUGAGCCUAAAAUACAGCUCAAAAAAUUAAGUCUAUUUAGAAAUAACUUAGGAAAGUUUCUCUUCAAUUCCUGAAAGACUGAACUGUGUAGAAGUUCGUGAGACCAGGUUCCUGACAGCAGAGUGCAGAAACCAUCAUUUUCUUUGCUUGUCUGCGUUCCCUCCUGAACCUCCUGAUAUUAUUCAGAAAGGCUUCACCAGAUGAAAAUUGACAUUUGAUGCUCUUUGGCAACUAAUUAG